CCCGCCACCACGCGCCCGAGCUCCCUACCCGUCUGAAUCCACUCCGUGCUCUCCGCCGUCCACGACACCGUCGCGGGGGCGGCGGCCGCCUCUGCCCGUCGCGGCGAGCCGGCGACGCCCCAAGACAGCGCCCCUGCCCCACUCGUGCUCCGCCUGCUGCCCAGGAGCCCAUCCUCUUCUGCUCUGUCAACACCAAACGCAGCACUGGUACAGCCCUUCCCAUGUUGCUCUGGUCGGAUUAGUAUUUUUCGUAGCAGAUUUUUGUAACGACGUGCCGUGCAGCAAGUUUAGAAUGUUGCUGAAAUUAAGCUGAAAUGCUGCUAAAAUUCUGUGAAAAUGCUGCUGUAGAAAUGCUACUGAAUUGCUGAAACUGCUGUCGUGUGAAGAGUUUUGACUACUGGCAAGACGGCAACGGGUCGACCGGCGGUACAGGUUGUCGGUGGACGCAGUUGCGACGCGCAGCACCGGCGCCCGCCUCUUUCCCCACUCACCCAGGAUCCUGACAACCGAGCGCUGAUGUGAUGGACAACCUUCAUAGUGAUCCAUAUACAAGUAGCAACUUGCAGCUAGAGUUUAUGGACGCGUCCACGUCUUUCGAGAACAACAAUGCAGUUCUGGUUAAGCAUGAGGUGCCCAACCCUGGAGUCGGCAUGACUUUUGAGACAGUUGAUUUGGCAUACAAGUUUUACUUAGAGUAUGGGUACCGUGCAGGCUUUGGUGUCUCAAAGAGGACUUCCCAUAGCGUUGAUGGGGUCAAAUAUCGCGCAACGUUUGUUUGCUACAAAGGUGGCAUCGCUAGGAUUAAGCCUGGUCUCAAAGCCCGAAGGAGGCUUGUCGCGAAGACUGGUUGCAAAGCAAUGAUGGUUGUGAAGUAUAACACGAGUGAGAAUCACUGGGAAGUCGUGUUUGUUGAACUGGAGCAUAACCACCCAUGUAAUCCUGAAAUGGUCAGAUUUAUGAUGUGCUUUAAAGAUCUCCCUGACUGGCAAAGGGAGCACCGCCCGUUCAAUGCUAAGACGAGAUUGAACCCGAAGAUUCAUUCUGGCAGAGGCAGACCACCGAAUCAAAAUAAAGAUUUCAUGGCGAAGUCUUUUUCGCAGUCAAAUUAUUCAAUUGAAGCAGCUGGCAAAUGUGGGAAGCUGAGCUUUGCAGAGGGUGAUGUUGAGGCACUCUUAGUCUUUUUUGAUAAGAUGCAAGCUCAAAAUUCCAAUUUUUUCUACAACUGGGACAUGGACGAGGAAGGCCGGCUCAAGAAUGUCUGCUGGGUCGAUGCAAGGUCAAUAGCUGCAUAUCAGCAUUUCUGUGAUGUUGUUUGCUUUGAUACUGUUUAUUUGACAUACCAGUUUGUCAUUCCGUUGGUCGCUUUUCUUGGAAUUAACCAUCACGGGCAGUUUGUGUUGUUAGGGUGUGGGUUACUUGGAGAUGAGUCCCCAGAGACUUUUGCAUGGUUAUUCAAGAAAUGGCUAAAAUGUAUGAAUGAUAAAGCACCUGAGGCAAUUAUUACCACUCAUUCAAGGCCAGUAGUCAAAGCAGUCAAUGAGGUAUUUCUAAAUACUCGUCACAGAUACAACAUGUGGCAUAUAAUGAAAGAGCUUCCUGAAAUGUCUGGAAGAGUGGAGGAUAAGGAGGCAAUUAGCCUGAGAAUGAAAAAGGUAGUCUAUGAUACCAUUACGUCAGCUGAUUUUGAGAGGGAAUGGGUUGAGAUGGUCCAUCAGUACAACCUUCAUGAUAAUCGUUGGCUCACGACCUUGUUUGAAGAAAGGACAAAAUGGGUGCCAGCAUAUGUGAAGGAUACUUUCUGGGCUGGUAUUUCUACUGUUCGGCGCAGUGAACGGUUGGAGGCCUUUUUUGAUGGAUAUAUUACACCAAAGACCACAAUAAAGACAUUUAUUGAACAAUUUGAUACUGCUAUGAAGCUUAGGUCUGAUAGAGAAGCCUAUGAUGAUUUUCGUUCAUUUCAGCAAAGGCCACAAGCCCUUUCUGGUCUGUUGUUUGAGGAGCAAUUUGCAAAUGCUUACACGAUAAAUAUGUUUCAGAAGUUUCAGGAUCAGUUAAAGCAGCUGAUGAAUGUGAAUUGCACUGAACUCAGUAGGAAUGGAACGAUAGUGACUUACACUGUGACUGUCAUUGGGAAGGAGAGGAAGUUUGACUAUAGAGUGAUGUAUAACAGUGCCGAGAAGGAAGUGUGGUGUAUCUGCAGAUCAUUCCAGUUUAAAGGUAUUUUGUGUAGCCAUGCUCUUGCUGUCUUGAAGCAAGAGCUUGUGAUGCUAAUACCUUCCAAAUACAUCCUUGACCGGUGGAGGAAGGACUAUAAAUGCCCCGAUGAAUCUAAGGGAGCUCCCAUCUCACCAAAAGCGGGAAAGGGCACAAAACCGGAAAAUUUCCGCGAAGAUAAAGUAGACGACCUCUACAAUCAUGGCCACCAGUACUUUGCUGACAUCGUUGAAAUGGGAGCAACUGACCCUGACUCGAUGGAGUAUGUUCUGUCUGUGAUGAAAGAAGCUAAAGAGAAGGUACGCAAGUUUGAGGAAUCGCGAAAAGAGAAAAGGCCUGUAGAAAGUCCAGUUUCUGCUGGAAAGACAGAUGGUAAGUCUUUGAAGCCAACUGAUGAAGGCGUGGGAGGUGGCACAUCAGUUUCAACACCUGCCGGUACAGCAGCGGCCAUGCCGUCAUCUACACCAAUGUCAGGGCCGCCAACAAUGAUGGCUGUGACAUCCACUCCGGCAGCUGUGCCCCCAGGAAUGUUCUUAGUACCGAUGCACUCUCAUAUGGUUUUUCCACCCUUCACCCCUGGAGUACCAACAGCAGUACCACAUACACCGCCACCUCCAGCACCAACAACCAAUGAGAUGAGCGCUGCUUCCAACUCCUCGAAGAAGAGAAAGAAAAGGAAGGGCAACAAUUGAUCUUCUAACAGUUCCAAAGCUUAGAAAGAGUUGGUCCUCACAAGCAUCUGCCACUGAUUUGUCAUCAUCUUCUGCGACAGGAUGAGCGACCCUUUGGAAUGCCUUCUGUAAAUUAUCGCCCUUGGUUUGGAACUGCUGAUCUUAACUAGUUCAGCUUUGGGGUGCCCACUGUACAUUAUCACCUUUAGUUUGGACGUAAUAUUAUAUAUGUAGACGUAGUGCAGCCUCUGAUUCUCUGGAAUUGUCGAUUAUGACUAGAGCAGGAUAGUUUCUUCUUAGAGGAAAGUAAUAUGUUCCACCUGUACAUAAACUCACCAUCUGUUUGCCGUUGUGUUAUGGUACUGGGCAGUGGGCACUGAAGCUUGCUCGUGCAUAGGCAGCACAGCAAUGAUAUGGCCUGCGAGUCUGCUGCUGCAUGUGUUGUUUUGUAGCAGGAACAUAUAAUUCAGAUAGCUUUAAUCCAGUUUUGUGCUGAUUGGCUCCCACGUUGGCUGGCACAAAGGACAUGAAGCAAAGGGCGUGGGCCUUUCUACUGGAGUAAAAAAAAUGAAGGCAUAGCAUAGAUCAGGACAGAUGCAAUUCUGAUGUAUUUAAUCCAGAACGUGAAUAUUGGUGCGUAUGGCCAGAUGUGUUUACAGAAAGCUUUAUUCAGGAUUGUUGGUGGCA